UGGGUUGUAAAUUCCAGUCGGUCGCGGGCGCGUCUCCCGCCAAAACUGCCCUCUGUACUUUGGCACUCUCCCUUGCCAGGUGUCUGGCAGCCGGCAGACCAGCGCAAGGAAAAAAAAAAAACACACGCACAGAAAGCACACACGUCCACGCUCUGUAAACAUUGCAUUCCGAUUGCCCAUGGCACCUUGUUCCGCUGUAGACAUUCGCCUCGCUUCCCUUUUUGGCGCCUUUCUUCUCUCACUUUAGCCUUGCCCACACGCCGACUUGGCUUCCAUGCGUGUCUAGCUUCUUGUACAGCUAGCUGCCCUGGCUCAGACACUGCCGUUUUCUCUAGUUUGCCGCCGCUUUUUCUUCUCUUUUCCCUUGUCAUCGCGCUUCUUCUUUUCUUUUCCCUUUCUUCAUCCUUCUUUUUCGUCACCAGCUUUGUUCGCAAGCUUCUCUGUCCGGUUCAUACGUUGUUGUUGGAGCUGCCAGUCAGCUUGCUCUGAUCCUUUUUGUUUAGCAUCAGACUCGAAUAUUCUUGUAACAGCAUCUAACGCGACUUUUGUUACAAAUCAGACGUGCUUGUCGCAUCAAGCAGUGUUAUAGAAUAUCGAGAACCAGCAAGUCUCUCUUACACGCCAACACAUUGUUUCAACUCUUCAAUACACGACGGAGCAACUCGCCAACACGACAUUCGAAAAUCUUUCUAAACCUUGUUUAAAUUAUAAUAUGAACUAACCCUGACGGCCAUCUGAUACGAGACAUACAUCAUGGCUGACGCUUACGCUGCUGCCGCUGCUGCAACCCGCUCCCCUCUGGCGGAAGCAACCCACCGAAUCAACUCUCCAGCUACCUAUGGAGAUACACAGGCUGCUCACAAGCCAAGAUACGAGAAUGUUGACCCAGCUCAUUAUCCUCAUGACCCUUCCGUUCCUCGUUACGGAGGACGACCCCCAGCGCCCCCGCCAGCUCAUCCUAGCCCACAACCACGUCCUCGCACUGCCAGGCAAGACACAGACGAUGACAAGCGAUUUUCGCAAGCUUCCUAUGCCUCAACAUCAAGUAGUCGAAGCAAAAAGAGCUACAAAACACAUAUCGGGCCAUGGCAACUUGGAAGGACCCUGGGCCAGGGAUCUUCAGCGCAAGUUCGCCUCUGCCGCCACAACAUCACGAAUCAGCUCGCGGCUGUCAAGAUUGUCAACCGCCGUAAAGCCUAUCUCGUCCACGACAGCAGUUUGGCGGCAUUGAGUAAAUGGGAUAGCGCUCUUCCCAGCCAAGUGGAUGGUCAAAUGCGAGUGCCAAUGGCUAUUGAGCGGGAGGUUGCUAUCCUCAAGCUUAUUGAGCACCCGAAUAUCAUGAAGCUCUACGACAUUUGGGAGAACCGUUCCGAAAUCUACCUUAUUCUUGAAUACAUUGACCAGGGCGACUUGUUUACGUUUAUCAACAGCAAAGGUCGCCUCUCUGAAGAAGUUUCUAUUUAUUUUUUCCGACAAAUGAUCUCGGCUAUUGCUUACUGCCACUCCUUCAAUGUUUGUCACAGAGACCUGAAGCCUGAGAACAUCCUUAUUACUGCCGACUUGAAGCUCAAAAUUGCGGACUUUGGCAUGGCGGCCCUGCAUCAAACAGCUACCCAUCAGUUGGCGACAGCAUGUGGAAGUCCUCACUAUGCGGCUCCCGAACUGCUCAAGAACCGCGAAUACCGCGGUGAUAGAGCCGAUAUUUGGAGCAUGGGUGUAAUCCUGUAUGCUAUGCUCUCCGCCACACUACCCUUUGAUGACCCUGAUCUGCGCGUCAUGAUGAACAAGACAAAGAAGGGACAGUACGAGAUGCCUCGAUUCUUGAGCCCCGAAGCCGAGGAUCUUAUUCGUCGCAUGCUGCAGGUGAACCCCGACCGUCGCAUUACUCUCACCGAGAUUUGGAGACACCCUCUGGUACAAAGGUACAGCUACCUGGACGACUUUGGUGACCUGACUGGCCAGCUCCCCGAGACCCGAAAGGGCUUCCGCUACAAUCCUAUUCCUAGACACGAAAUCGAUCCCCAACUGUUGCGACAGCUUCGAUCCAUGUGGCACAUGUUUAGCGAUCAAGAGCUUACGGCCAAGUUGUGCUCUGAUGAGAAGAACGAUCAGAAGGCCUUUUAUUGGCUGCUUUACAACUAUCGGGCAAAGCAGCUUGAAGACUUCAAGCCGGAACUGGCGCACUCAAUGAGUGAUUACCAUCACCUUAAGCCCUCUAUUUGGAAGAAGCGUGUCUCGACUUGCGAGUUUACUCAGCCUCGUGCCAAUGGCCAUGGCCGCUCAAUCUCUCGAUUCACAGUCAUUUCCAACGCUGGAGAAGACGAUAAUGAAACUGUGUUGAGCUACGACCCGUACCGUGCUAGCGGCAAACUUCAGUCUUUGGAUUCCCAAGUCAGCCAUGCAAAGGUCACUAUUCACCGCGACGAAAUCACACCUGAUGCUUCCGCAUCCCGUACAAGACUUCGCAGUGGCUCCAACGCAAGACAGCAGCGAGCCGGCUCGGCCACCCGCACGCCCAAGCCAGCUUCUGUCCGUGGUUCAGUUACAUCUCUAAACAGCCUAAGGCAAGGCACUCCCGGUCGCCAGGCACCAAGCCUUCGCCAUAAGAGAGCUGUUGACUUUAGCCACAUCCGCAAACGAUCCAACUCUAUGAACAAGAUGCCUCGUCCGUCACCAAGAAGUGGCCCUGCAAAUGCUGCAAACGCUGCGAAGCCCGCGUCCCCUAGCAAGCUUCAACAGGUCAGAGCCAUGACACCAGAGAUGCCCACCGCAUCAGAAGGCGCCAGGCCCAAGGCUCUUGGCGGUCCCAUUGCGAAGAACACUUCUGCCUUGUUCCGCGAAGAUAUUCGACAUUUUAGUCUGGACAUUGCCAAGAAUUGCGAUGAAGCAUUUAAGAGCACCUUCAAGAGCAACUUGACUGCCGACGAGUCCGUAUUAACAGAGACGGAUAAGAAGAACCGCGAGUCUACACCCGUUUCUUUCACGGCCGAGAGUCCCUCAGUAUCCACAGAUGCCACAGAAUUCUCCAACAAGUCUUGGCUUCAGCGUCCUCUCCCACCUUUGCCUCCAAGUGGUGAGCUAGAGACUAGCGACACUGCGACCACCAAAUCGCGCCCCGUAUCUGCUGAGACGGAGCUGGACUAUGUGAUUGAGGGUGUUACACGCGUACCCAUGGUACAUGCUCGCCAGAUUGAUCGUCGCAUUGUGUCUGCGCCUGUGAUUCAUGAGCCGGUAAAGAAGACAUCGACUCUGCCGUCUAUUAGCGAGAACAUUGCCGCAGUCGCCGUGACAUCAGCCAUUGCCAGCGACAAGGCUCGCAUUGUAUCUGCACCAGCCCAGACAGGAGCUCAGCCGUCUAUCGAGGACAAGGGAGAUAUGGAGUACCUUAGCAAGGUGGAAAACACCAUCCGCGUUGUCAGCUCUACACAGAGUGGCGCUCUUGACCCUCCCCCUCUGAGCAUCCGCAAGAAGCCAACCAAGGAAGAGGUCGGCAAGCACCUGACCGUCAACACUGCCUACGACGCAACAAAAGAUAAUGCUCGCCUGUCCGUUUCCAGCGAGGCACACAGCGCGCACAGCGGUAGCCUAAAGAAGCGCUCAUGGUUCCGCCGUACGUCACGAGCUGAUACCGAAGCCGGUGGCAGCGAGACCUCUGCGCAAUCCCCCGCAACAUCGGAUAGCCAAGAGCCUAGCUCUGCUACUACUGACGGCUCCAAGAAGCGAUCCUUUAGUCUUCCAUUCUGGAAGGGUAACAAGAACAGAGACAGCCGAAUGGAGGUGGAGGAAGAGGUGGCACCUGAUGCGACGACGCAGGUAGCUAAGGUAGACAAGAAGGCCAGCCUGGAACUCCAAGAGUCACACUCUGGUAACCAAAGAAAUAUUGAAGUGAAGCAGAAUUGGCUGACACGCCUGUUCCGGGUGAAGCCUGCAACAAGUUACAUCUGCAUGACGCUGCCUCGUAGAAGAGCGCGCCAAGAGGUUGCUAUCUUGCUGCGGGAGUGGCGCCGAUACGGUAUCCGAGACAUCCAAGUCGACAAGCUACGCAACAUCAUCUUCGCUCGAGUGGCAGAUAAGAACUACCUGAACAUCAAGGAGGUGUGCAUUGCGGCUGAAGUGAUGACGGUGAUUGAGCACGGCAAGAAGGGGCCACUGAGCAUUGUGCGCUUUACACAAGAGCGCGGUGCAGCAAGCAGCUUCCACCGUGUGGUCGAUACGAUGCGCCUGGUAUUUGACAGCCGUGGCUUGUUGGUGGCGGAUCGUCGCAAGCAAAAGAUGAUGAUCAAGACGCUUACGGCCGUGGCGUAAGGAGCCGCCAUGGAUGAAGCCGAUGAGCAAGAUAACGCGGGGAUGAAGUGCCUGUGACGUUGGAUAGGGGCACAUCUAUGACGGGACAAUAGAACUAUGAGAAGAGAGAGGCCAAGUAUAUUUUAUAUUACACUUUUGAUUUUGCAUUUUGGCGUAUGAAGGAGAAGUAAGGACGGACAGGCCCUCGGCAGAUGAUAUAUUGGAACGAGGGUCUGGAGUUUGGACUGUUACUCUUGGUAUUAUUUUUUCAUUUGUUUUAUUGCAAGGACGGCGCCACGCAAUUUUCUUUCAUACAAGUCUAUACACAUGCUUUACAAAAAAAGAAUACACUGGAUUGACUCUACCUUGAUAUGAAGCUGUGCUGUUGUACCGUGGGCGAUUGGUUGAUUGAUUGAGAGGGGCUACCAACAUAUACUGCACAUAACAUACUGAAAUAGAUGGUUCCUCAGCAGUUGGUAUCCCCAGCCUAUAUUCCCCUUUAAAUAUUACUGCUAGACCGUUUUUCCGCCUCUUACUAUAGAUAUGACUAAAAAUAAUCCAGCCAUUUUCCAAUCA